GUUUUGGGUUUUUGCACUGCUGUAGUAAUGACAAAUGGUUGUGCACAAAUGCUGUCUAUAAACUAGAGAAAAAAAAAUGAAUUCUUAAUAUCAACUACAUUUUACAAUAAAUUAAUUUAACACAGCUUCCAAUUUAUAAACAGAAAAGAUAACUUAAUAUAAAGUGCAUACAUAUUUAAUUGAAUUGAAUAUGUUGAUUUUCUUUAAUGUUAAGGUUUCAGGCACAAGCCAGUUUACGUCCGGUGGCUCAUUCUUUCACCAAAGAAGUUAUCCUCCUGCCAGACCAUACAUCUACACAUGUGCCAAGGCGUGCCAAGAAAGCUUGGCUUUUUGAAAAGGGACAUAUAAAGUCUGCCUUAGAAUUUGGGUGUGACUGGGACGCUGACAAAGUUAUGCAGACUAUAACAGCAGCCUUCCAGCCAGUUGUGGAGGGAUGCAGAUUACAAAUCUUGAUGUCGUGCUACAACAAAUUAGUGGAGCCAUCCCUGACUUCUAAACAGACUUUAGGUGGAGACCUUCUGAAAAAACUUUUUCUUCAGAAGUCCAUUUAUGUCAGGCCUGACAAGGUCAUUUUAAGUGAAGAGAAAGAAUCUUCAUGUUCUGAUGAAGACAGUAGCAACACAAACAAGAAUGAUUUCAAAGAAACAUCGGAUCCUGACAAAUGUGUCACUGGUAGUGUGCCUGACAUUUCCAAAGAUGUUUUUUCAGCCAUCUCCACUGUUGAGGUCCAGUGUCUCUCCAGUAAUACCCCUUCCAUCUCUGGUGGAGAUGAAGUUAUUUGGUGUAUUGAGACUAAAGAUAUUUGCACCAAUGCACCACCCAUCUCAGCUGACAACCUCAUCAUGUCUUCUUUUGCUGCUGCCAUUACUAUUGAUGAGACUCCUACCUUGUCUAGUGGAUCAUCUGCCAUCUCUAGUGGCUACACCCACAGGUUUUCGAUUGGUCCCACUAUCAGUGGCACUGGACACACACCAUGCUUCUCUGCUAGCAACACCUCUGGGGCAUCCCAUAGUCCCACCCAAACCAAUGCACCCAGCACAACCUACAGUACAUACCUUGACCUAUUUGAGGAAGAAUACCUCUCUGAUGACUCUGAUCUCCAGGAAGCCAUUUCAAGGUCCUUAGAGUCCAGCACAAAUGAGAGUGAUUCAAGGAUGACUUUAGAGAGAAUAAUGGAGCAGAUUGGUUCUAGAGUAAAUAGUGACAGCACUGUACGCUUCAACAUCAUAAGAAGAAAUGUGUGGGAUGGAACAUCCAGAGCAAUGGGCAGAUCCAAUUUUUCACCCGACAAAAAGGUGGAUGUUAAGUUUACUGAUGACUAUGGAACAUCUGAGGGUGCUGUGGACAAUGGAGGACCUACUCGGGAGUUUUUCCGACUCUGUCUACAUGAAAUCAAGGACAAAAUUGGCAUCUUUGAAGGACCAUCUAAUGCUAAAGUCCUCACAUGCAACUCCAAAGCGAUGAAAGACAAUGCAUACUUCUAUGCUGGCCAGAUCAUGGCAAUGUCAAUUGCCCAUGGGGGGCAGAGUCCAUGUUUCCUGUCUGAACUUAUGUAUGAGUGUCUUCAAAAGGGCCCUGACAAUGUAAAGGUCAAAACUGAAGAUAUUACUGAUGAAGAAACAAGGUCACAGUUGCAGUUGAUCUUACAGGCCCAGACUGAUUCACAACUACAAGAUGCAGUUGCACAGGCAGCUAGCUUAAUCAGUCUUGCUGGUCACAAUGUUCGCAUAACACUGGAGAAACAAACAGGAGACUGCUUUGGAUCUGGCUCAUUGUCAAAGUGCCUUUUUGUGAAGGCUGAAAAGGCCUUAACCGCAAAUGAUGUGGAGAAUCUCUUCCAAAUCAUUCAUUCUGAAAGAGGGAGUAAUGCAUUUCAAGCAGAGUGCCGGACCCUGGCUUUCUGGCAAGACUAUCUUCAGGAUGCUGAAAGAUGUUCUUGUUUUCUUCCAUUCACUGGAUGUGACAGCAUUCCAGCACUGGGUUUCUCUCCAACGCCAAGUCUUGAGUUCAUUACCUGCUUCGGCCGAUUUUCCAGUGGCCAAUUACUUUGUGAACAUAUUCUAAUGCUACGCAUACCCGUUCAUGCAGUGUACACUUCUUUCAGAUCUGACAUGGAUUUUGCCAUACGCAAUUCACCAGGAUUUGGAAGAGCGUGA